GUGGAUGUAGUUAUUUGUUACCGAGUGUGAGCCCGCAUUGAUGACGACGUUCCAUGAGGAAAGCCGGCUGUCCUUGAUCUUGUUUCCUGUUUGCCACAAUCUGAAAAUCACAUCAUACUUGUCCUGAACUGCUGAAGCGCGAAGCAUUGUUCAUUAAAGUCUGUGGAAAGAGAAGACUACUCUGGAGCAAAAAAAACAACCUUAAUUGAAAUUAUAAUAACAUUGUUAUUGAGUGGUAAGAACAAUGAUGAAUUCUUCCUCGCUUGCCGCCCAACCACAGCACUUGAAUUCCUCUGUCAUGAAUGCAAGUAUAAAGCAAGAGAACACUGCUGGAGAUGCUGAGUCAAUGUUCUACCGCGAUGCCUCCAUCAGGCGCGUUGAUGCCGACACAGAAGGUGUGAAGGUAGAAGGAAGAUUAGAAAUUGAUGUGGAUGACAAAGGAACAGUAAAGAAGGAGCAGGAGGUGGAGAAGAAACGAGGAGGGGAGGAUGGAAUCGGCAAUGAACCAAGUGUAGACAUUUAUAUCAAUAACGUUGUGUGUGCUUUUAGUGUGAGAUGCCAUCUGAAUCUUAGGAGGAUAGGACAGUCUGGUGCCAAUGUGGAGUACCGGAGAGAAUACGGGAAAGUGAACAUGAGGUUCCGCAAUCCCCGAGCCACUGCUACCAUCUGGUCAUCGGGUAAAAUCACCAUCACAGGCAAUGAUAGCGAAGAGCAUGCAAAGAAGACUGCAAGGAAGUGUGCCAGGGCACUGCAGAAAAUGGGUUUCAAUGUACGGUUUUCAAAAUAUAAGGUUGUGAAUGUACUAGGAACCUGCUCACUGCCAUUUGCCAUACGUAUCAGGAACUUCUCUCAAAGGCAUCCAAAUAGUGCAAGCUAUGAGCCUGAGUUACAUCCAGCUGUCACCUACAAGAUGUACAAUCCCAGGGCAACUCUGAAGAUAUUCUCAACAGGGAGCAUCACAGUCACAGCGCCAGCCGUAGACAACAUCAGCAAAGCAAUAGAACACAUAUACCCCUUGGUUGAGGUUCAUAAGACGCCCCUCAGUGAGGCAACCAUACAGAAGAGACUCGCCAGAAAACGCAAACGAGAAGGAUAUGUCGAGGAAGAUGAAGAGAACACUGAUGAUGAGUACGCCGAUGAGGACGCGUUAGACGAUGAGGAAGACAGCGACGACUAUUCAUCGGACGAUAGUAGCUGAGAGAGUGAGUGGAUGAUCGGGCGCUGCCGUCCACGUGGAGGUUGAAGAAAGAGGUUUUAUGUUCUCAUUGCUCCUUUCAAAACUGCAUCAGGUUUUCAGUGCAAGAAGCUGAAGGCCGGCUUAUGAUUUGGCAGUAUGGAGAAAAUGUGGUGGUCUUAUGUUGAACAUAGUUCAUGUAUGCUUUGGAUUACCAGGGAGACCUUUCAUCAGCUUGGGUCAUCUGACAACUUUUCUGGGUUGAGAUAGGCCAGGAAGCAUAGGUGUCUAAUUGCUUCUAUUGUAAAUGUCGGAUAAUGAAAACUUUAUGAAAUAGUGUCCUGGCUGCAUGGCUGGCAUAUAUAUAUCCAGAACAUGAGGGAUCCUACGACCCUUUACUGAUGUUCAUUUCUUCACCAAGUCUUCGGUCCAAAUUCACAUUUUGCAUCUAUGGAUUGAGUCCACUGCUUAUCUAAAUUAAUUUAGAUAAGCAAUUGGCUCAUGAACUAAAAACUGGUGGAUUUAUUAAUGCUCGAACUUUGCAACAAACAUAAAUCUAGCUCAAAGUUCACACCUUGGACCCUCUCUCAACAUGCUUAAUUUAUCCAUGAGAUCAAAGCACAUAUUUAAAACCACCUGUGUGAAUUUGGGCCUUAGAGUUUUGAAUAUAUGCUACCGAACCAAAUCACUAACCUGCCACUUAAGACAAGAUAUUUUCAAGGCAGGGUUUGAUUUUGAAAGUUCUAAUUUGGAAAAAAAAUCUUGUCAAUAUGUGUGUUGCAGAAUCAACAUAAACAUAAUUAGGCAUUGUCUAAGAAUUUUGAGUAAUAAGCUUUGGUGAAAAGUGGGUCCAGGAACAGAUUAAAUUUGAAUUCCUAUUUAAAUGCUGUAUGUAUUGAAAUUUAAUAUUUCAGGAGUCUGCUACUAAAGUGCUAGAGACAAUAAGCAAUUUGGGAUCUGUUCAGUUUUGAUGGACAUUUGUGAUGCUGAUAACAAGAAGAUGGAGGGCUAAGUUUUCAGAUAAUUGUUUAUAAAUGUGUUUGUAAAUGGAUAAAUUGAUAUGAAAGAGCUUUAUGUGCGUUAAAUAUAUGUACCAAGUGCCUUUAUUUAUUAUAUCCUUUACAUGGCGAGAGUUUAAGAAUUGAUUUGUAAGGGACUUUUUGAUUCUUGCAUCUAUAUCAUGGACUGUUAAGACAUGGUUUUGUUUGAAAUGAUUUUAUUCCGACUCUUUUCCUGUCUUAAUAAAACGUCCUCAUAUUGGUGAUUUGGGGUUAUCCGAAGUCUAAUUCUUUCCAAUAAAGCCAGAUUGAAUAAAAAAACAUAGAACCCAGAGUAAUAACAUGCAGUUGCUCAAAAGGCGAUGAACCCACCACAAAAUGCACUCCUUUUUUAAUUGUAGACAACAGCACAACAAUGGUCAGCGAAUUCAGGACAAGUGGAAUGCCUCUGGCUGUCUCACCUGCAUCACGCGAUUCAAUAUAGCAGCAGUGCUGACUUUGAAAACUAAUAUAAAAUAGUUAUUCACAAAAAACACCAUUCAUAUAAUGAUACAAUACUACGUUCAUUGACAUUUGACCUUGAUAAUGUGACCUAAAACUUGUCAGUGAUACUUGAUUACCCCUAUAUCCACAUUUUAUACACUAUAUCUAUAAACUUUGAAAGUUAUGACAGCAAUCUAAUGAUUACCUCUAAAAUGGCCAAAGUUCAAUGACCUUAAAUGACCUUUGACUUUGGUCAUGCGACUUGAAACUCGUAUGAGAUGUUCAGUUAUACUUGAUGACACUUCUGUCCAAGUUUUAUGAACUAGACCAAUAAACUUUCAAAGUUAUGAUGAUAAUUCAUCAAAUACCCCCAACUUGGCCAAAGUUCAUUGACCUUGCAUGACCUUUGACCUUGAUCAUGUGACCUGAAACUCGCACAGGAUGUUCAGUAAUACUUGAUUACCCUUAUGUCCAAGUUUCAUGAAUCAGAUCCAUAAACUUUUAAAGUUAUGAUGGUAAUUCAACAGAUACCCCCAAUUGGCCAAAGUUCAUUGACCCUAACUGACCUUUGACCUUGGUCAUGUGACGUGAAACUCAAGCAGGAUGUUCAGUAAUACUUGAUUAACCUUAUGGUCAAGUUUCGUGAACUAGGUCCAUAUAUUUUCUAAGCUACAUGUAUGAUGACAUUUCAAAAACUUAACCUUAGGUUAAGAUUUUGAUGUUGAUUCCCCAACAUGGUCUAAGUUCAUUGAUCCUAAAUGACCUUUGACCUUGGUCAUGUGACCUGAAACUCAGGCAGGAUGUUAGUAAUACUUGAUUAACCUUAUGGCCAAGUUUCAUGAACUAGGUCCAUAUACUUUCUAAGUUAUGCUGUCAUUUCAAAAACUUAACCUUAGGUUAAGAUUUUGAUGUUGAUUCCCCCAACAUGGUCUAAGUUCAUUGAUCCUAAAUGACCUUUGACCUUGGUCAUGUGACCUUUGACCUUGGUCAUGUGACCUGAAACUCAGGCAGGAUGUUAGUAAUACUUGAUUAACCUUAUGGCCAAGUUUUCAUGAACUAGGUCCAUAUACUUUCUAAGUUAUGCUGUCAUUUCAAAAACUUAACCUUCGGUUAAGAUUUGGUGUUGACGCCGCCGCUGUCGGAAAAGCGGCGCCUGUAGUCUCACUCUGCUAUGCAGGUGAGACAAACACCAACUGUAUUGAAUAUGAUAUGAUAUCACUUGACUGCACAAUGAAAUACAGGGCAGAACUUGAACACUUUAAAUACAUGUAUGUUCAUUUUUUGGUGGGGUUUACUAACUUUUUAGUACCAUUGUAUAUUGGUUGAUAAUCUUACAAGCUAACCCAGGUUGAUGACAAUGUUUAACAUUGCAGAAAUCCUAUUAAAGGGAUGGUCCAGGCUGAAGAUAUUUAUAUCUCAAUAAAUAGAGUAAAAUUUACAAAGCAAAAUGCUGAAAAUUUGAUCAAAAUCGGAUAACAAAUAACAAAGUUAUUGAAUUUUAAAGAUUUGCAUUAUUCCGGUGAAACAGUUCUAGGCAUGUCUUUAUGAAUAAUCAUUAGGGGGGGGCUGAUGAUGUCAUAUCCCCACUUGUUCUUUUAUAUUUUAUUAUAUAAAAUUAGGUUUAUUCAAAGAUUUUCUACCAAGAACUAAAACAAUUCGAUUGACAACUGAUGAGUGCAUUUGUUAUAUACUGCCGUAAGUUAUUUCAUCAUAAUGGAGACCCAUCAUCUACACAUGCAUGGAAAAAUGAAAUAUUUAUGUCGUGUAAUAACAUAAGAAAAGGAAAGUGGGGAUGUGACAUCAUCAGCCCACCUAAUGAAUAUUCAUGACGAUGUGCAUAUAACUGUCUUCUCAAAAUAUUGAUAAACUUUAAAAUUCAAUAACUUAGUUAUUUUGUUAUCCGAUUUUGAUGAAAUUUUCAGCAUUUUGCUCUGUGAAUUUUACUAUAUUUAUUUAGAUAUAAAUAUUUUCAGCCCGGACCAUCCCUUUAAAGAUAUGGAAUAGAAUCUGGAUUGUGUCUGGUCAAUGAUACAUAUUCAGUUUCGAUUUUCAGGAGAUUUUUUCUUUUCAGGGAUUCAUUUUACAAUGUAUCACUGUCACAUUCUACAUGUACUUCCCCCUUUAAGUUUGACAAGGAUUGUUUUGAAAAAAGCAAAACAUUGUUUUUGUAAAAAAAAAAAAAUAUAUAUAUAUGACUUUGCAAGCAGAGGUAGGAAGUAUGGUAUGAGGUAUGAAAUACUUUGAAUUUUAAUGGAAGGGGAAAAGGGAUAAUUUUAUGUCCGAGUAUCAACUCCUUAAUUGCUUGUUAUUGGUUGAAUUUGCAAAUAUUCAUUUGAAAUUAAACAGCUCUUGGAUUGCUAUGCUUAUUUAUAGCACCAGACAAAUAUAUUUUAUAUGGAUAUUUAUUUUGUUGCACCUUGUGUUGAACAUGAUUAUUUUUUUCAUAUUUUCUAUAUUAUGUGUAUCAUAUAAAAAGUGUCCUCCGAAAUAGCCAUGUACAUGAAUUUGUUAAAUUUUUCCUUAUUUAUUUUGUAACAUUUGAUGUGUUCGAAGUUUUGAUACUAAACAACAAUGUAAGAUUUCUGGUGUUUUGACCAUUCAUCGUGAAUGAAAAUGUCUCUCCGUUUUUACUAAAUUGGAAUUGAGGAAUCCUUUGGUAAUGACUGGAUUGUGUUUUGGAGUAAAAGGGAUGCUCCGAGCUGUAACUUAUAUGGUUUAGCAGAU